UGCAUGGUCAAUGCUCUUUUCUCUGCCAAUUUCUCAACCGGAAAAUCGUUAAUUAGUGCAAACGCCGUGAGGAUGGAACCCAGAACCUACUCCUACUCGUCCGCCAGUUUCUACGUGAUCGUCGAGCCUUCCGUCAUUGAUGACGGCCAACUUCGCAUGCCAGAUCCCUUUGUCCAGGAACAUGGAGAUGAACUCCUUGACACUGUCAAGCUUAUUGUUCCGACUGAUGAUUUUUGGGGCGUGAGUGUGAAGAAGGCUGGUAAAAUGAUUUGGCUUCAUGAUGGUUGGCGAGAAUUUAUGGAACAUUAUUCUAUCGGGUGCUGGUACUUUUUACUCUUCAAAUAUGGGAAGAACUCGCAUUUUGAUGUUCACAUAUUUGACCUCAACGCUACUGAGAUUGAUUAUCAGUGUAAGGAUCAUGGUAAUGCUAAAUUAGGUGCCAUUAGUCAGAGCCUGUCUUACGGGAAGGAAAUAAUCUGCUAUGUUGGUGAUGAUAAAGAUGACGAGAGCUCUGUUGAAAUUGUGGAUCCCUUGGUAACCGAGCAAGGACCAGAGAGUUCAGCUAAGUCAUCUGGAGCCAAAAGACAUAAAAUUGCAUCCGGAAGGAGUAAAUUUCGGCAUUGGGAAGAGUUCAGAUCAAACAAAUUGCAUGACGAGGGACAGGUGUCAAAUGAAAAGAAUUUAAACAUUUCGGGCGAUAGCAAUUUAACGAAGCCACUCAUGGGCAAAUUAGUUCAGCAGAAUAUGGAUACUCCUAUAUAUUCUUCAGCUGUAACUGGAGGUGUGGCUAAUCCAAACAAUGCACAAGAGGGAAAUAAAAACGAUAUACUUCAGUUGAAUGAAAAUACAAGAAAAUCAUUCACAGGCCAGCAAUGGGAGAAACCUGUUGGGCGUGGAAGGCCUCACAAAAUAGGACGAGCAAAAGCAACAGAAAUGAACACGGCCAUUAUUGCCGCCAAAAUGUUCAAGCCGGAAAAUCCUUACUUCAUGCAGAUUCUUGUAGAAUAUAACAUAGUACGAAACUGUAUUCUGAAUAUACCAGCUGAUUUUGUCCGAGAGUAUAUGCCAAAGACGUCAGAACUAAUUGAACUUCAAGAUUCUGCUGGAAAUAAGUGGAAAGCUCGUUGCAAUAGGAGGAGAAUGCAGCUGUUUUUAAGUGGGGGAUGGUUUAAAUUUGUUAGGGAUAAUGGUUUAUUGGUAGGAGAUGUUUGUGUCUUUGAGUUGAUCAAGGACCUUCAGACUGAUGAACUUAUGCUGAAGGUGCACAUAUUUCGCUCUAGGGUGGAAGAAAAUUCAACAAACUUACAAACUAGUAGCGUAUCUGAACCAACACUAUCUAUUGGAAAAAACUGUCUUCAGUUCAAUGAAAGUAAGCAUACGGGGACUUCAGAUGCAUUCGGACCUGUAUCUUCAAAUAGAAGCAAUUGCAAGAACGAUACAAAGAAAUCAUUCACCGGCCAGCAACAGGAGAAAUCUGUAGGGCGGGGAAAGCCUUAUAAUCCUCGCAAAAGAGGGCGACCAAGGGCUGCAGAAGCAAACAUGGCCACUAAUGCUGCCAAAAUGUUAAUGCCAGCAAAUCCUUACUUCAUGACGAUUCUUGGAGUAUAUAAUAUAGUACGGAACUAUAUUCUGUAUAUACCACCUGAAUUUGUUCGAGAUUAUAUGCCAAAGACUUCAGUACCAGUUGAACUUCAAGAUUCUGAUGGCAAUAAGUGGAAUACGCAUUGGGUUAGGAGGAAAACGUUAAUGUUUCUAAGCAAAGGAUGGGUGAAAUUUGUUAGAGAUAAUGAUUUACUUGUAGGAGAUACUUGUGUCUUUGAGUUGAUCAACGACAUUCAGGCUGAUGAACUUAUGUUGAAGGUGCAUAUAUUUCGUGCUACACGUAAGAAAAAUCAACAAAUUGACACACUUGUAGCUAUCUGAACAAAUACUCUCUAUCGGUGAUUUCUGUUUCAUUGUCUUCUUUCUCUUUUUUCCAAUUGGAGCCUUGUAAAUCUAUCUGCUAACAUGUCCAUAAUGAAAUGCAGAGGUUAUUUUCUUGA